UAUUUAUUAAAGCAACUGUGUUGUGAAACACUAUUUUGAAGGGAGAAUACCGAGCGGGUUCGAGGUGCUGUAUGUACAGCGGUAUAAAGAGGACCGGCAGUGUGUUGUUUAGCGCCAAGUUAAAUCCAACCUCCUGACGUGUAAUGCAUCAAGUCAUCUGUUACCAAAGAAGGCGCAAAAUAGUCGCGCCAGCAGCUCAGAAGAACCAGCAAGCUGUCGGCUCACACACAACCGUCUGUGUGACUCCAACCAUACUGACACUCUUAGUGUUUUAACAAUUUGCCGACUCCUGCGUACUAAAAGCAAAGCUUAUUUGCAAUAAGAGUGUACUUCAAGCGGGCAAUCUUGAGGUUUGCUCUCAGACAGAGGGAUACGCCUUUGGGUAUAAUGCUAGGAACAAGGCAAGAGGCAAAACCAAAGUCUGUUGCUGAGCUUCCUCAUGAUAAUGCAACGCGGUCGAGGAAGAGGAAGGCAGAUGUUGCUAUUUAUUUGCGUGAUCCUGAUGAGGAGGUGGCCGAGAUGACCCAGAAGAAACUUCGGGAUUCAAAGCAUGGCAGGAGUCCCGACACUGGUUGUACAAGUCCACAGAGGUGGAACCCCACGCCUGAUCAGGAAGAGGACCAACCGGUUACCCUGAUCAGUGGAGGAUUCCCUCACUACACAUUUAGCCACAUUUUUGUCACCCCUGUGCGAUCAUCCCCGCUUCCUGCACUAUGCUGGGCCAGUAAGGACGUUGUGUGGCACAACAUGCUGGAAAAGGACAAGAGCUACAUCAGGGAUGUCCACAUGAUGGACAAGCAUCCGCAUCUUCAGCCCAAGAUGAGGGCCAUACUGUUGGAUUGGCUCAUGGAGGUCAGUGAGGUGUACAAGCUGCAUAGGGAGACGUAUCACCUGGCCCAGGACUACUUCGACCGCUUCAUGGCCACGCAGAGCAACGUGUUCAAGUCCACGCUGCAGCUCAUUGGCAUCAGCUGCCUCUUUAUCGCCGCCAAGAUGGAGGAGAUGUACCCUCCAAAGGUGCACCAAUUCGCCUAUGUGACGGACGAAGCCUGCACUGAAGAUGAGAUCCUCAGUAUGGAGGUCAUCAUCAUGAAGGAGCUGAACUGGAGCCUGAGUCCACAGACGCCCAUCUCCUGGCUCAACGUUUACAUGCAGGUGGCCUACCUGAAGGACACAGAGGAGCUGCUCAUCCCCAGAUACCCCCAAGCCACAUUCACACAGAUCGCGAAGCUGCUGGACCUUUGCUUGCUGGACGUGCGGUGUCUAGAGUUUCCCUACGGUGUUCUCGCAGCCUCUGCCCUCUUCCAUUUCUCCUCCGUGGAGCUGGUGGAGAACGUGUCAGCCCUGAAGAGGAUGGAGGUGGAUGAGUGCGUGAGGUGGAUGGUGCCCUUCGCCAUGGCCCUCCGGGAGGAAGGUGACGGCUCCCCCAUGAGGACCUUCCCAGGAGUCCUGGAGGACGACGCACACAACAUCCAGAUACACACCGGCUACCUGACAUGGCUGGACAAGGCCCACUCGUAUCAGGCCUCUGAACUGGAGCACCCUGGCAACUGCCCCAUGCCCUCGGGGGUCCUGACUCCGCCCCUUAGCAGCGAGAAGACAGAGGAGGUGCUCAGAGUCAACGCUGCCGCAGUCGCCGCUGUCUGCAGCAUGGGACAAAGGCUGAGCGCCAGCUCUGAUCCAGAGCCCAGGCCGCGUCAUUAGAGGAGCGGCAACCGGAAGGCCCUUUUUUCCAACAAACAAAUGUUAUCUUCACUUUGCCCGUCCGGAAGAACGAGGCCAGCAUUACAGACACGGGCUUGUUCUUCGCGCUGAAGGGUUACACGCCAGUUCCCCCCCCCCCCCCCCCCCGAAAUGUGGAUUACUCUGACGGGACGGAAGCUGAGAUGGAGAACCAGGCUGUUAAUUAAUCGUUGAAGAGGACCUUUUUUAAUUAUUGCUCGUGCUGCUCACACCAGACCAAAAGCUUCUUUUUUUUUUUCGUUCUGUUCGAGAUCGAGUGGGAUGAAUUGACUUCAACACAAUGGAGGGGGGGGGGGGCGCUUUGAGUGGGGGAAAUGCUAACUUUGUACGUAAUAACUUAAUGGAUACUCCCCUGUGCCGCUCCUUCUCAUCUGCCCUCUUAUGUUUGGUGUUCGGUCCACAUGCUGAGCAGAUAGUUGAGGCGGAAAUUGAAAGGCUCUCUGGAACAAGACCACUCAGUCACUUUUAGGAAUUCCAGAAAAAACAAGAAUACGCUUUGGAUUAAUUACCGUGAGGACCCUUUUGUCAACUGUAACUUUUUCCUUUUUUUUUAGGCAGAGGUUGAACUAAUUGAAAAUAUGUUUUUAAUAUUUUCUUUGUUUGGAGUGAGUGUUUUUAAUUAUAUUAUUUGCAGGUGUUUCUACAGGGGACCCACUAGCCCACAAACAUUUUACCAGGGUCAUCUUUGACUCUGUGCUGCUAUUAAAGGGGGACUUUGCAUAAUGGUGGGGAAAUGUACGCCUGUGUGUGUGUGCGCGUGUGUGUGUGUGUGUGUGUGCGCCUGCAUGCGUUUGUGUCUCCUACCAUGCCAUUUUGAUGGAGGGGACAUUUUUUUUAUUUCCCAUAUGGGACCAGUAGCUCUGCUACCUUUUUAAUGGAGAAGUGAACCAGCCAAGCUUCUGAAGCUCAAAUGGUUGAUUGUAUUUCUUUUGUUUUUAAUCCCUCACAAACCGUAUUUUCCCACCAACGGUAAGAUUUAUAUUUGACAUUUUAAACUGAAAUGCUGCUACAUAUAUUUUUCAAUAAAGAUUGUCUAAAGAUCA